CCAAUUCCAGCUACGUCUCUGCACAAAUCACCGCCCGACAGACACAAUCACGAGGACUUUUGGGCCGGGCAUAAUAGCCUGCAACGACGCGUUACUCGACAACUUAAAGCUACACGAUCAAUAAUGGCCGCGAACCCAGCACCGAACGCGGGUCCGCCGCUGGACGAGAUUCAAUGGCGCGCGCCGCCCGACUUCGAGAUGGGCAUACACAGCAACAGUGUGCUCUACUACUUCGCUCAGUCACCAUUCUUCGACAGGACGUCCAACAAUGAAGUCCUGUUUCAGCAGGGGCUGAACAAUCCCAACAUGACACAAUACCUGGCGACCCGCGAGCUCUUCGAAGGCCGCCUCAAGACCAUGUCGGGGCUCGAAUUCAUUGUUGCUCAGGAACCCGCCGAGACAGGGCCUGGAGCAGGGACCGGCGUGUGGGUUAUCAACAAGCAGACCCGGCGCAAGCGACAGCCCCAAGAUGAGAUCAUUGUGCAUGCGACAUACUUCGUCGUCGGGGAAAACAUCUACAUGGCGCCUAACCUAGCGGACAUCAUCAGCUCGAGACUUGCUUCCAUCUCCUCCUCAAUAGCCAAUAUCCUACCCACCUCUGCAGGCGUUCAAUCCUGGUCACCCGCUCUCGGCCGAACCUAUCAACCCCCCACCGCGACAUACUCCACAGCCACCACCAAGCAGCGCGAAGCAACCCCGCUCCCAGAAAACACUACGGGCACCAGCAGACCCGCCCCAACCACCACCCUGCCGAGCUCCCGCCUCCUCGAAGAAGCCCUGGGAAUCCACCACCAGUUCGGCUCGCACAACCUGAAUGAGAACCCCAUCACCGGCAAGCCAGGCGAGUUCCAGCUAGCCUCGACCGGCCGCAAGGGCGUCAACCUGUCUGCUUCAGCCGCCGCCAACGCCAAGAAGGCCUCGCUGAUCCCGGCCCUGCCGAUUAUCAACACCAAGUUGGGAGGGGCAGAGAACCCGCUGGCCCCGACGGGCAAGCCGACGGGCAAGGAGACCAAGAGCCCCAAAACGCCGGGGGGCGGGAACAUGCAGAAGGCGAGGAAGAGAAAGGGCAGUAAGGCCGCUGUGACGCCGCAGUAG